UACGUAAACGGUCACACUACAUCCCAUCUGAUAACAAAUGAGUUUUAUUUUUAAUUUUAUUGCCUCUUUUGUACGCAAAAUGCUCGAGCUUCUGCAAUUUGGAGGCAAGACACUGUCCAACACGCUCAGCAUUUACGUCAAGACCAACACGGGAAAGACGCUUUCGGUCAACCUGGAGCCGCAGUGGGACAUUAAAAACGUUAAGGAAAUUGUGGCGCCGCAGCUGGGACUUCAGCCUGAUGAAGUCAAGAUAAUCUUUGCCGGAAAGGAGCUGAGUGAUGCCACCACCAUAGAGCAGUGCGAUUUGGGUCAGCAGAGCGUCCUGCACGCCAUCCGCCAGCGUCCGCCAGUGCGACGUCAGAAAAUCGAAUCAGCCACAUUGGAAGAAGAGGAGCCAGCACCGCUGGAAGAGCCCUCCAAGCCGCUGAACGAAACCCUGCUGGAUCUACAGUUGGAAAGCGAGGAAAGGCUGAACAUAACCGACGAGGAACGAGUCCGAGCCAAAGCCCACUUCUUUGUCCAUUGCAGUCAGUGCGACAAAUUAUGUAAUGGCAAGCUCCGAGUGCGUUGCUCGCUCUGCAAAGGCGGUGCCUUUACUGUCCACCGCGAUCCCGAGUGCUGGGACGAUGUCCUGAAGUCACGCCGUAUACCCGGUCACUGCGAGAGCCUGGAGAUUGCCUGUGUCGACAAUGAGGCUGGAGAUCCUCCAUUCGCAGAGUUCUUCUUCAAGUGCGCCGAGCAUGUUUCGGGGGGCGAAAAAGAUUUCGCUGCCCCUCUCAACCUAAUCAAGAAUAAUAUCAAAGAUGUGCCUUGUCUUGCCUGCACAGAUAUAAGCGAUACUGUUUUGGUCUUCCCGUGCGCCUCGCAGCAUGUUACCUGCAUCGACUGCUUUCGUCAUUACUGCCGGUCCCGCCUGAGCGAACGCCAGUUUAUGCCACAUCCAGACUUUGGAUACACUUUGCCAUGCCCGGCUGGCUGUGAGCACUCAUUUAUCGAGGAGAUUCACCAUUUUAAGCUAUUGACCCGCGAGGAAUAUGAUAGGUACCAGCGAUUUGCUACCGAGGAGUAUGUCUUGCAGGCUGGCGGAGUUCUAUGCCCGCAGCCGGGAUGUGGAAUGGGCCUACUAGUCGAGCCUGAUUGCCGAAAGGUUACCUGCCAGAAUGGCUGUGGCUACGUAUUCUGCCGCAAUUGCCUGCAGGGCUAUCAUAUUGGGGAGUGUCUGCCGGAGGGUGUGGGUUCCAGGUCGCAGAACUCUUGCGAGUAUACCGUCGACCCGAAUAGAGCCGCCGAGGCCCGUUGGGAAGAGGCCAGCAAUGUCACCAUCAAAGUCAGCACCAAACCCUGUCCCAAAUGUCGAACGCCCACAGAGCGAGAUGGAGGCUGUAUGCACAUGGUCUGCACACGCGCCGGCUGCGGCUUCGAGUGGUGUUGGGUCUGCCAAACUGAAUGGACACGCGACUGCAUGGGUGCUCACUGGUUCGGAUAGGAGUCGUUACCCUAUCCUGCAUUUUUCCUAACCCAUUUUUAUCAUUUAUUGUUGACUACUUGUAAAAUUUCAAAUGUAUGAUGUCCUUAAAGAAAGACUGGUUAAAGCA